ACCCACUGUUUCUCUCUCUCUCUCUCUCUCUCUCACUCUCUUCUUCUGUUCUUCAUUCUUUGUGACUUGGUGAGCGAGUGGUGGCAGAGAAAACAGAGUGCGUUAAAAAAUGGUGGAUGACUUUAUGGUGUGUGUGGAUCGAAUUAUAGCCUCGACAUGCUUUGAGUCAGUCCAUGGAGGAGGAAGGGGUGGAGACUGUGAGACUCCACCGCCCACUUCAAGUGUUGAGUCAGCAUCUCCUGGGACUGUUGCUCUGAAGAAGAAGAAGAAGAGCAGUGGAGAAGAAGAGUGUUCUUCCAACAAGGAAAUAGAGAUUUUGGAGUGUAGAAUUUGCCAGGAAGAAGAUGAAAUCCAUGCAAUGGAGGCACCUUGUGCUUGUAAUGGCACUCUCAAGUUUGCUCAUAGGAGGUGUAUACAGAGAUGGUGCAAUAAAAAAGGUGAUGUAACCUGUGAAAUCUGCAAUCAGGUCUUUUCACCAAAUUAUUCUCUUCCACCUGCCAGAAGCAAUGAAGUAAUGACAAUUGAUAUCAGGCAGUGGGGAACACAUUUUGAUCUCCAUCGAUCGCAUCUUUUAGCACUAGCUGCUGCUGAACGUCACUUGUUGCAAUCCGAGUAUGAGGAUUAUGCUGAUGCAAAUUCUAGUAGCGUUGCCUGUCUGUGCUCUAUUGCAAUCAUUUUAUGUGUACAGUUGCUCAUAAUUUUGCUUGUACGACAAGCUUUAAUGGUAACAAGGUAUACUGGCAUGGUGCUGGAAUCAUCAAUGUUCGUCAAUGUCCCAAUUCUUCAAAUCGCUGGUUUUCUCUUACCGUGCUAUGUGGUUGCCCGUUCGUGGGUUAUCAUACAAAGCCGAAGGAGGAGACAGGGUUAAGAGACCAUUGAUGGAAAUCUCUCAGCUUUUCAACCAGAGGUUGAAGCCUUGUUUUUUCAUCUUCAGGCAAGCUGUUUUGCAUAUCAUAUCUUCCCAAAUGCUUUCUGUUAUAAGGAGAAAAAAAAAAAAAACAAAAAAAAAAACAAAACAAAACAAAACAAAACCAAAAAAAAGAAAAAAGGAAGAGUGCCAAAAGUGGCCAUAAGUACGUAGGUUUACAAGAUCCUUUAGUGUUUUACACGUAUCUACGAAAGAAGAAAAUAUAUCUUUCGUAGUGUUUAGUAAGCAACAUAAGAAAAGAGAGUACUAAAUGUAAAUGUGAACUUUGAGUUCGCAAAGUUUUUUUUUUUUUUUUUCCCUCCUUUGUUUGCAUCUCUCUGUUAAAUGUCAUCGAUUAUGCAAAUUUGAUAUUUGAUUUUUCUUUUAUUUCUGACUAACAUGUGAUAGAGGCUCUGUAUAAAAAAUUAUUAUUUAUAAAAAAAAAAAAAACAAAAGGUGAUGUUGUGAUA